AUGGCAAAAAGGUACGCGACGGGAGAUUUCUUGGCUAUUGCCGGCACAUUGGUAUCCGUUAUGACCGUUAUUAUUGGCUUGAUCUACGCCGCGGCAAAGCCGCCAUCCUUCGAGUGGAAGUGGAGUGACUGCCCAUGGUCGAACCCGGAUGAGUACACCUUGUGGGUCGAUUGCAACAACAAGUGGCAGACCAGCUGGGGCAUGACCGCUCUGCCCAACUACACAGCGCUGAUCAUCGGAAUAAUCGGUGUGGCGAUGUAUCAGCCGCAGACCCUCGAGGUUGUCGGCUUUCCGCGUAACAUGCUGCAGUACGGCAUUUGGCUCAUCGUCCAGGGCUUCGUCGGUGACUUCGGCUACUGCGGCAAGUUGGGUGUUGUGACCGGCUAUGUGUCCUGCAUCCUCGGCGUUAUCUGCAUUGUCGCCUCCGCCUUUGACAUCAAGUCCACGCGAAUGAGGAACAUUGAGAAGGCCUACCCCAUGCCCCCAGACACGGACGACGAGGAUGAGAUCGAUGCCCCGGCACCUCGUGUUGCUGCUGGUGGCCCGGUCGCCGGGGCUCCAUCAGGCUCCAUGGGACCUAAUGCCGUGAACGCGCUCUUCGACAAGUUGGAUACGGAUGGCGAUGGCGUGCUCUCGGCAGCAGAGCUCCGAUCCGGCGGCUUCCGCUGA